AUGCCGUGCUCCCUGCGCCCGUCCCGCGGUUGCCACGCCCCGACCGCGCCCGAUGCGCGCACCCCCACCUCUGCGCACCGUUGCCCGACCCCGGCCGCCCGCGUCGGCCAAGCCCCGCCUGGCACUCUCGCCGUGUCCGCCUCCUGCGGCAACUUUGCUCUCCUGCGCUACCGCGCUCACCGCGCCCUCGUGUGUCGCUCACGCCCGCCGUCGACCGCAGCUCGCGCUACCGCCCCUGCUCCGCCGUGGUCGUCCCUCCCGCGCUGGCCGCUGCCACUCGCUGCUUGCGCUCGCUGCUGCUGCUCUCCAGCGCCUCGCCUCCGUGGCCGCCCUGCCGCCCGCUUCCCGCACUACUGCCCACCCCGCUCGCCUCUGCCUCCCGCCGGAGCUCCACGCCGGCCGUCGCUGCUGCCGCACCCCGCGCUCGCCCGCGCCUACCUGCGCCUCUGCUCGCGCUCGUCACCGCCGCCGCUGCCGUGCCCCGCCUUCGCCUGCCGCGCCCCACCAGGCCCAUGCGUCGCCCUCUCUGGUCUGCGCACGCCGCGCCGCUCGGUGCUGCGGCUGGACCGGGCGGGUGCCAGUCAGGCUGGCGCCCGGUGCCCAGUACCCACCGCCCGCUAA